AAUGCUGUCUCGGCUCUGUGCAAAUCUAUCUAUGAGAAAAUGUUCUUGUGGAUGGUUAUCCGUAUCAAUGAGAUGCUGGACACAAAGCAGCCCAGACAGUUCUUCAUUGGAGUGCUGGAUAUCGCUGGGUUUGAGAUCUUUGAUUUCAACAGCUUGGAGCAACUCUGCAUCAACUUCACCAAUGAGAAACUGCAACAGUUUUUCAACCAUCACAUGUUUGUCCUGGAGCAAGAGGAGUACAAGAAAGAAGGCAUUCAUUGGGAGUUCAUUGACUUUGGUAUGGACUUGGCUGCCUGCAUUGAGCUUAUUGAGAAGCCAAUGGGCAUCUUCUCCAUCCUUGAAGAGGAGUGCAUGUUCCCCAAGGCCUCUGACACAACGUUCAAGAACAAGCUGCACGAUCAGCAUCUUGGCAAGACCAAAGCAUUUGAGAAGCCAAAGCCUGCAAAGGGCAAGGCUGAGGCACACUUCUCCCUGGUUCACUAUGCUGGUACAGUGGACUACAAUAUCACUGGCUGGCUGGACAAGAACAAGGACCCACUGAAUGACUCAGUUGUUCAGCUCUACCAGAAGUCAUCAAACAAACUGCUGGGCUUCCUGUAUGCAGCCCAUGCUGGAGCUGAAGAGGCUGCUGGGGGUGGCAAAAAAGGUGGUAAGAAGAAGGGUGGUUCCUUUCAGACUGUGUCUGCUCUUUUCAGAGAGAAUCUGGCCAAGCUGAUGACCAACUUAAGAAGCACUCAUCCUCACUUUGUCCGUUGCCUGAUUCCCAAUGAGACAAAGACCCCAGGCCUUAUGGAGAACUUCCUGGUCAUCCACCAGCUGAGGUGUAACGGUGUACUGGAGGGCAUCAGAAUCUGCAGGAAGGGUUUCCCCAGCAGAAUCCUCUAUGGUGACUUCAAGCAGAGAUACAAAGUGUUGAAUGCCAGCGUCAUCCCUGAGGGACAGUUCAUUGACAACAAGAAAGCUUCAGAGAAGCUGCUUGGCUCCAUUGAUGUGGAUCACACACAGUACAUGUUUGGGCACACAAAGGUGUUCUUCAAAGCUGGUCUGCUGGGCACUCUUGAGGAGAUGAGAGAUGAGAAACUGGCUGAGCUGGUGACCAUGACUCAGGCUCUCUGCAGAGGAUACGUCAUGAGGAAAGAGUUUGUGAAGAUGAUGGAGAGGAGAGAAUCUAUCUACACCAUCCAGUACAACAUCCGUUCUUUCAUGAAUGUCAAGAACUGGCCAUGGCUGAAAGUAUACUUCAAGAUCAAGCCUCUUCUGAAGAGUGCUGAGACUGAGAAGGAGUUGCAGAACAUGAAGGAGAACUAUGAGAAGAUGAAGACAGACCUGGCUACUGCUCUGGCCAAGAAGAAGGAACUGGAAGAGAAGAUGGUCGGCCUGCUGCAGGAGAAGAAUGACCUGCAACUUCAAGUGGCUGCAGAAGUUGACAAUCUCUCUGAUGCUGAAGAAAGGUGUGAGGGGCUCAUUAAGAGCAAGAUCCAGCUCGAGGCCAAACUCAAAGAGACAAGUGAGAGACUGGAGGAUGAAGAGGAAAUCAAUGCUGAGCUGACUGCUAAGAAGAGGAAGCUGGAGGAUGAAUGCUCUGAGCUGAAGAAGGACAUUGAUGACUUGGAGCUCACCUUGGCCAAAGUGGAGAAGGAGAAACAUGCCACAGAAAACAAGGUGAAAAACCUGACAGAGGAGAUGGCAUCUCAGGAUGAGGCUAUUGCCAAGUUAACUAAGGAGAAGAAAGCCUUACAAGAGGCCCAUCAGCAAACACUGGAUGAUCUCCAGGCAGAGGAAGACAAAGUCAACACUCUGACCAAGUCCAAGACAAAGCUGGAACAGCAAGUUGAUGAUCUUGAGGGUUCACUGGAGCAAGAGAAGAAGCUCCGCAUGGACCUUGAGAGAGCCAAGAGGAAGCUGGAGGGAGAUCUGAAACUGGCCCAGGAAUCCAUAAUGGAUCUGGAGAAUGACAAGCAGCAGUCUGAUGAGAAAAUCAAGAAGAAGGACUUUGAAAUCAGCCAGCUUCUCAGCAAAAUUGAGGAUGAACAAACCCUUGGUGCUCAACUCCAGAAGAAGAUCAAAGAACUGCAGGCUCGUAUUGAGGAGCUGGAAGAGGAGAUUGAGGCUGAGAGGGCAGCUCGGGCUAAGGUAGAGAAGCAGAGAGCAGACCUCUCCAGGGAGCUUGAAGAGAUCAGUGAGAGGCUCGAGGAAGCUGGUGGAGCAACAGCUGCUCAGAUUGAGAUGAACAAGAAGCGAGAGGCUGAGUUCCAGAAACUGCGUCGUGAUCUUGAGGAAUCAACUCUGCAGCACGAAGCUACUGCAGCAGCUCUCCGUAAGAAGCAGGCUGACACUGUUGCAGAGCUCGGAGAGCAGAUCGACAACCUCCAGCGUGUCAAACAGAAGCUGGAGAAAGAGAAGAGCGAGUACAAGAUGGAGAUUGAUGACCUCUCCAGCAACAUGGAGGCUGUUGCUAAAGCAAAGGGCAACUUGGAGAAAAUGUGCAGGACUCUUGAGGAUCAACUAAGUGAACUCAAAGCCAAAAAUGAUGAGAAUGUUCGUCAGCUGAAUGACAUUAAUGCCCAGAAGGCGAGACUUCAAACAGAGAAUGGUGAGUUCAGUCGCCAGCUUGAGGAGAAAGAAGCUCUUGUUUCUCAGCUCACAAGGGGCAAGCAGGCCUUCACUCAGCAGAUUGAGGAACUCAAGAGACACGUUGAGGAGGAGGUUAAGGCCAAGAACGCUCUGGCUCAUGCUGUUCAGUCAGCACGUCAUGACUGUGAUCUGCUCAGAGAGCAGUUUGAGGAGGAGCAGGAGGCCAAGGCUGAGCUGCAGCGAGGAAUGUCCAAGGCCAACAGUGAGGUGGCUCAGUGGCGAUCCAAAUAUGAGACUGAUGCCAUCCAGCGAACUGAGGAGCUGGAGGAGGCCAAGAAAAAGCUUGCCCAGCGCCUGCAGGAGGCUGAGGAAUCCAUUGAGGCUGUGAACUCCAAGUGUGCCUCACUGGAGAAGACCAAGCAGAGGCUGCAGGGUGAGGUGGAGGACCUCAUGAUUGAUGUGGAGAGAGCUAAUGCUCUGGCUGCCAACCUUGACAAGAAGCAGAGGAACUUUGAUAAAGUCCUGGCAGAAUGGAAGCAGAAGUAUGAGGAGAGCCAGGCAGAGCUGGAAGGAGCCCAAAAGGAGGCUCGUUCUCUCAGCACUGAGUUGUUCAAGAUGAAGAACUCAUAUGAAGAGGCUCUGGAUCAUCUUGAGACCAUGAAGAGAGAGAACAAGAACCUGCAGCAGGAGAUCUCAGAUCUGACUGAGCAGAUUGGUGAGACUGGAAAGAGCAUCCAUGAGCUGGAAAAGGCCAAGAAGACUGUUGAGACUGAGAAGUCUGAAAUUCAGACAGCUCUGGAGGAAGCUGAGGGAACUCUGGAGCACGAGGAGGCCAAGAUCCUUCGUGUUCAGCUUGAGCUAAACCAGGUGAAAGGUGAGAUUGACAGGAAGCUGUCAGAGAAGGACGAGGAGAUGGAGCAGAUCAAGAGGAACAGCCAGAGGGUGAUUGACUCCAUGCAGAGCACUCUGGAUGCUGAGGUCAGGAGCAGGAAUGAUGCCCUGAGAGUCAAGAAGAAGAUGGAGGGAGACCUGAAUGAGAUGGAGAUUCAGCUGAGCCAUGCCAACAGACAGGCUGCUGAGGCCCAGAAACAACUGAGGAAUGUCCAAGGACAGCUCAAGGAUGCUCAGCUGCACCUGGAUGACGCAGUCAGAGGACAGGAAGACAUGAAGGAGCAGGUCGCCAUGGUGGAGCGCAGAAAUGGUCUGAUGCUGGCUGAGAUUGAGGAGCUGAGAGCCGCUCUGGAGCAGACAGAGAGAGGACGCAAAGUAGCUGAGCAGGAGUUGGUUGAUGCUAGUGAGCGUGUUGGACUGCUUCACUCUCAGAACACCAGUCUUUUGAACACCAAGAAGAAGCUGGAGGCUGACCUUGUCCAGGUUCAGGGUGAGGUGGAUGAUGCAGUUCAGGAAGCAAGAAAUGCUGAGGAGAAGGCCAAAAAGGCUAUCACUGAUGCUGCCAUGAUGGCUGAGGAGCUGAAGAAGGAGCAGGACACCAGUGCUCACCUGGAGAGGAUGAAGAAGAACCUGGAGGUCACAGUCAAGGACCUGCAGCACCGUCUGGAUGAGGCAGAGAACCUCGCCAUGAAGGGUGGCAAGAAGCAGCUCCAGAAACUGGAGUCCAGGGUCCGUGAACUAGAAACUGAAGUUGAAGCUGAGCAGAGACGUGGAGCUGAUGCUGUUAAAGGAGUCCGCAAAUAUGAGAGGAGAGUGAAGGAGCUCACCUACCAGACUGAGGAGGACAAGAAGAAUUUGGUCAGACUUCAGGAUCUGGUGGACAAACUGCAGCUCAAAGUCAAGGCUUACAAGAGACAGGCUGAGGAGGCUGAGGAACAGGCCAACACCCACAUGUCCAGACUGAGAAAGGUCCAACAUGAGAUGGAGGAAGCUCAGGAACGUGCUGACAUUGCUGAAUCUCAGGUCAACAAACUGAGAGCCAAGAGCCGUGAUGCUGGAAAGGGUGAAAAGGCUGAAUAAGACACAUUCUUUUGGAACUUUUUGGCAGUGUUCAUAAAAUAUGAACUAACUGUUAAAUUGUCCACGUAUGAUGUAUUAAUUCAAUAAACACUUUCAUUAUGAUUUCA